GACCGGAAGUUAGGACAGAGCUGACAAUCACCUAAACAUAUUGCUGAGCUGGUUCUGUUUGGACAUAUGCGCAACUUUACGGAGAUAUCAAGCGAGAAACGCGAUGAUACGUCUCGUUUCGAGUUUCUGUUGAUUUUAGUUAAUGCAUCAUUGUUUUGGACGCUUGCAGUUGUUAAAUAUUUAGCUAAAUAUUGCAGUUUUAUUGUGAUUAUACUAGCUGGGUUUGCAACAGUGUAUUAAAUUGACACAGUAUAUUUGGUUAUUUGGUCAUUCGGAUCGAAAGUUUGCAUAUCCUAACUGUAAUCGUGUGCAUGAUAAUAUUGGCCGUAUGCUGACAAAACAAUCACACUAUAGCGCCCGACUGACAGACACAUCAGUGGACAGAUCUCACAGCGAGGUAUUUCAUCGGCACUAAGCGGGUUUCUUCCGCUACAGUGUAAGGUGUGUAAACACGGUGGAACUUGACUAAUGAAUAUUAAUUAGAUAACGUGACUGGACGCACCAGGAAGCGAUAGGUAAUUCGUUUUUGGAUCAAUAAGCUUACUCACGUCGAGCGUCAGUGCGUUAGAAAAUUCCCACGCUGAAAAAUGUAUAACAGCUACAUCGACAUCGGGGAAUCAGUUAGCUCAGUAUGCGGAUCCUUAUGAGAACACAAAGCUAAAAGGUGUCAUCAAUGUGGAGGCACUGUGAUCCUUUUAGGCAGCAGAAAUAAAGAGAGGACUUGGUGGUCACAUACCAUAAUGAGGAGAACUGUCAAACCGUGGCUUUGGCAACCCAGCAAAAGGCUGCUUAUUUUUCUUCUGAGCUUGGCAUUGGUUUCACUGGCACUUUUAAAACUGCCUCUCUUUCACACGAACCCAAAGCCUGUUGAAGUACCAGUAGACACCAUCUACCGAAAGCAUAUCCAUUCCUAUGUCAAAGAGAUACUGGCCAAAGAAUGCAGACCUUCUUUUGCCCGACAGAGAAUGGAAGCUGAGCAUCACAGCUCCACACCAGUGGUUGAGCCCUUUUUGGACAAGAACACUCAUUUAAAUGAUAAAAUAUUCCAGUAUCCCCCACCGUUUGGUUUCAUGGAUUUGAAGAACAAACUUCAGGAAAUCUUGAACCUCCUACCAGCCUCUUCUGGAGUGAGACAUGGAGGGCGAGAUUGUCGUCGAUGUGUAGUGAUUGGAAAUGGAGGGAUACUGAAAGGAUUAGGACUUGGACAUCUUCUUAAUCAGUUCAAUGUCAUCAUCAGACUGAACAAUGGUCCUGUCCAAGAUUUCAGUGCCGAUGUUGGGAACCGCACCUCCAUCAGGAUGAGUUACCCUGAAAGCUGCCCAAAGGUGUGGGAAGAUAUGGAUUCAGAUCUCAAGUAUGUGGCUGUGAUCUAUAAGUCUGUGGACUUCCACUGGCUUCGUGCAAUGAUUACCAAGACAUCCAUUUCGCUGUGGGACUGGCUGUUUUUCUGGCAGAAUGUGCCAGUGAGUGUUCCAAUCAAGACCUCCCAAUUCCGUCUCCUGAAUCCAGAGAUUAUUAGAGAGACGGCCUUGGAUCUACUUCACUAUCCCAAUGCUAGAGAACGGCUCUGGGGCUGGGACCAGAAUGUCCCUACUAUAGGAGUCUCUGCUCUCAACCUGGCAACAUACAUAUGUGAUGAGGUCAGCUUAGCAGGCUUUGGCUAUAACCUCAGCCAGAAAGAGGCUCCUCUUCAUUACUAUGACGACAGACCCAUGACAUCCAUGUUAAAGGAAGCCAUGCAUGAUGUACAGACUGAAACUGUUUUUCUUAAGCAUCUGGUAACUUCAGGCAGUAUUACUGACCUUACAGGUGGGAUACACUGCAGCUUCUGUUCAAGCUAAAUGUAUUCUUUACCACCAAACACCUUUAUGGGCCAAGCUUUCACAAUAGCACGUGUAUAAGAAUUCAUGCAAGAGGAGGAAGAACUUGAAAAAACUUUUUAGUAACCUUAAAAACUGUGAGACUGAUGCUGUGACUUUUAUUUUACGUCAAAGUUUUAAUUUUCAUUUUAAUCUUUUGUUUUAAAAAGAUGUUUUGCCAAAAUACAACAUUUUGUUGUUAUUUAAAGCAGUUUGUCUGGCAACUGAAGUCUGUUUUUUAUUUAAUUUACAUUGUUAAUUUUUUGUCUGACCAUGCUUAAAAUUUGUCAUUUACAAUAAGCCUACAUUUGUUUACAUUAUGUAUGUAAUCAUUUUUCACUGCAAUAACUGUACUUUUCCAACAGAUGGAGCAGUUGCAGUUUUCCUGCAAGUGUGGGUCUUUUAAAUUGGUUUAAUAAUAAUAAUUACACAUACACACACACAUUUCUAAGUUUAAAAGGUUUUCAGUUAAAACCCUAUAGUGUUGUCAAGUCAAAAUCCAUAUGAAGUAAUAAGGCACAUUGUUAGUUCAUCUCUCAUGUUGCUUGUAAUGAUUGAAAUUAAUUAUGUGUGUCUUUUUUUAUUCACUAAUUAAUGCAAUAAAUACAAAAUAAAAUAAAGACACAA